UGUGUAUUACUUUAAACAACUUGACAUCGCCAUUUUGAGUCAGUUUCUGCCUGAACUUUUCAAGCCUUUACGACUUUCAUUGGAAUUGUGAAUUAUUAAACAUGGGUGCUUGUUUGGCUCUGGGUUCCCUUGCCAGUUGUGCGUCCUGUUUGUGCGGCUCGGCCUCCUGCCUGCUGUCAUCAUGCUGCCCUUCAACCACCAACUCCACCGUGAGCCGGCUGGCUUUCUCCUUCCUGCUGCUGCUCGGGACUCUGGUGUCUGUCAUUAUGAUUCUCCCAGGCAUGGAGGGACAUCUUAAACAGAUUCCAGGUUUCUGUCUCGGUGGGACAUCCAUACCUGGUCUAGAAAACAAGGUGAACUGUGAUAUCAUUGUCGGCUACAAGUCAGUGUAUCGCAUGUGCUUCGCCAUGGCCUGCUUCUUCUUCCUCUUCUCCAUCAUCAUGAUCCGAGUGCGCAACAGCAAGGACCCCCGAGCCGCCAUCCAAAAUGGUUUCUGGUUCUUCAAGUUCCUGCUGCUGGUUGGCAUAGCGGUGGGGGCGUUCUUCAUUCCAGACGGCACCUUCAAUACAGUGUGGUAUUACUUUGGCAUGGUGGGCUCCUUCUUCUUCAUCAUCACCCAGCUGAUCCUGCUGGUGGACUUUGCCCAUUCCUGGAACCAGUCUUGGCUGCUGAAGGCAGAAGAGGGAAAUUCCAAGUGCUGGUUUGCAGCUCUGCUGUCAUUCACCUUGUUCUUCUACGCCUUGGCUUUCUCUGCUGUCGUGCUUUUCUACGUGUUUUACAUCCAACCUGACGACUGCACCGAGCACAAGGUCUUCAUCAGCCUCAACUUGAUCUUCUGCUUCAUCGUGUCCAUCGUAGCCAUUCUGCCCAAAGUUCAGGAGGCCCAGCCCACCUCCGGCCUGCUGCAGGCCUCCUUCAUCUCCUGCUACACCAUGUAUGUGACCUGGUCAGCCAUGACUAACAACCCCAACCGGCAGUGUAACCCCAGUCUGUUGAGUUUGGUCCAGACCGUUACGGCCACUCCAGCACCAGGACCGGCUCCGACCCAAACCCCGGGCAGUGUCCAGUGGUGGGACGCACAGAGCAUCGUGGGAUUGAUCAUUUUCCUCUUCUGUACUCUUUACGCCAGUAUCCGCUCGUCCACCAACACCCAGGUGAACAAGCUGAUGCGGACCGAGGACAACCAAGCUUUGACCGACUACAGUUCCACCACAGUGGAGGACGGAGUCCGGCGGGCCGUGGACAACGAAGAGGAGGCAGUCACUUACAACUACUCCUUCUUCCACUUCAGCCUCUUACUGGCCUCCCUCUACAUCAUGAUGACACUCACCAACUGGUACAUGCCCGACACUGACUACCAGACCAUGAAGAGCACCAUGCCGGCCGUGUGGGUGAAGAUCAUCUCCAGCUGGUUUGGCCUGGCCAUCUACCUGUGGACCCUGGUGGCCCCGGUCGUGCUCUCCAACAGAGACUUCAGCUAAAACCCAGGGAAGUCUGUCCAUGCGGCUUUUAGCCGGUUGCUAUUUGCACCUUAAAGAAAGCUAGCUUUAUAUUGAUUGUUUCUUUAAUUUUCUUGCAAUUCCACAUUUAAAUUGGAGAAUGAAAUAGUAAAAUGCUUUGUUUUUCACUGGACGCCAUUAUGUUGUUUUGUUUUUUAACCCAGUUUUGCAGGAACACUAUAUUGUUUGAGAUGAGCUUUAAUGACACAUUCCAGUUAAACCUCAGGUUAUAUAUCGUUUGGUAUAUUUUUCUUUACUGUCACAAAUAUUCCUAUUAAGAGCAAAUGUUUUGGCUUUGUUCGUUUUGUAUCAUUCUGAUUUCUUUUAAAUCAGUUGGAUUUCAUGGAAAGAGGAUUUCCAAAUUAGAUUUAUUAUGCAUUUGCUCUAAUGCCCAUUUUUAAAGUGCCUUUUAUUAUAUUUUACACAAAAGCUAUUCAAAAGGGCAAUUUUUGAUAUCUUUAGUCUGUGGCAUGAAGUUGCUUCCUCAAUAUGUUGUAUGUUCACUUUUCAUUAUAAUCAAUAAAGUUCACACUCUUUCAUCAG